UCUUAUCAGAUCCCUCCACAAAUUUUCGUUCCAUAAAUUCUUUGUCAUUUAGUGCUUAAAUUCACCAUUUUGAUUUUUCACUUCUUUUCCUUUGGCUCAAACAACCUGUCCCAAUCGAAUUGGCUCUAUCUUCUCUCAUUUUGGAUCAAAUUCGCCAAAAGCUUGUUUGGCUCAAAACGAACUCUUUCUAAAUUCUAAUCGCGCUUUAACUUGAAGAUGGGAGCAGAAAAGAACUUUAUUGACAUGGAGGAGGGAACGCUGGAGAUCGGGAUGGAGUACAGAACUGUGUCGGGUGUGGCGGGACCAUUGGUCAUUCUUGACAAAGUUAAGGGUCCAAAGUAUCAGGAGAUUGUCAAUAUCCGAUUAGGAGAUGGAACAACUCGACGUGGUCAAGUCUUGGAAGUUGAUGGAGAGAAAGCAGUUGUGCAGGUUUUUGAAGGAACAUCUGGAAUUGACAACAAAUAUACAACUGUGCAAUUUACAGGAGAGGUUUUGAAAACGCCUGUGUCAUUGGAUAUGCUAGGGCGCAUAUUUAACGGCUCUGGAAAACCCAUUGAUAAUGGCCCUCCUAUUUUGCCUGAGGCAUACCUAGAUAUUUCUGGGAGCUCUAUCAAUCCUAGUGAGAGAACUUACCCUGAAGAGAUGAUUCAGACAGGGAUAUCAACAAUUGAUGUCAUGAACUCCAUUGCUCGUGGACAGAAGAUUCCUCUUUUUUCUGCUGCUGGUCUUCCUCAUAAUGAAAUAGCUGCUCAAAUUUGUCGUCAGGCAGGUCUCGUAAAGUGGUUGGAAAAGUCUGAUAAUCUCCUUGGCGAUCAAGAAGACAAUUUUGCCAUUGUGUUUGCUGCUAUGGGGGUGAACAUGGAGACAGCUCAAUUUUUUAAGAGAGAUUUCGAGGAAAAUGGGUCUAUGGAGAGAGUGACGCUUUUCUUAAACCUGGCCAAUGACCCCACAAUUGAACGUAUUAUCACGCCUCGAAUUGCCCUCACAACUGCAGAGUAUUUGGCUUAUGAAUGUGGGAAACAUGUGCUGGUUAUAUUGACAGAUAUGAGUUCUUAUGCGGAUGCUCUUCGUGAGGUAUCUGCUGCCCGAGAAGAAGUCCCUGGAAGGCGUGGGUAUCCUGGUUAUAUGUAUACUGAUCUGGCAACAAUUUAUGAACGUGCAGGGCGUAUAGAAGGAAGAAAAGGCUCCAUCACCCAAAUUCCUAUUUUGACCAUGCCUAAUGAUGAUAUCACGCAUCCCACACCAGAUCUUACUGGUUAUAUUACCGAAGGGCAGAUAUACAUUGAUAGACAACUCUACAAUCGACAGAUAUACCCACCAAUUAAUGUACUCCCUUCACUUUCUCGAUUAAUGAAGAGUGCUAUUGGUGAGGGGAUGACUCGUAGAGAUCAUGCUGAUGUGUCCAACCAGCUAUAUGCAAAUUAUGCUAUUGGAAAAGAUGUUCAAGCAAUGAAAGCCGUGGUUGGAGAGGAAGCACUUUCUUCCGAGGAUCUGCUUUACCUGGAGUUCCUAGAUAAAUUCGAGAGAAAAUUUGUGACACAAGGUGCUUAUGAUACUCGCAACAUCUUCCAGUCACUUGAUUUAGCAUGGACAUUGCUUCGCAUCUUCCCACGUGAACUUCUCCACCGUAUACCUGCAAAGACACUUGACCAGUACUACAGUCGUGAUGCAACAAGCUGA